AGAAUAUUGAAGAAAUCAUUCUUUGACUGCUCUUCUUAUGGGAGAUGUUACUGCAUAAAAUAUAUACGACUGUGAAAAUAAAGGAAUGGCACUUCAACACUGUGGCGGACAUCGAUCCUUUGGCGUUGUCUUCGCAGCAAAUCAAGUCGAUUUAUCGAUCAAGCGAAGGCCAAAUAGUGAUGGAAGUUCAACAGCCAAAGAAUUUCCCAUGUCCUCGUUGUGGGCGAUGCUACAAGGUGAAGAGAUCAUUGCGUCGACAUAUCGUGGUCGAGUGCGGUAAGGCGCCGAAGCACAAGUGCCCUUAUUGCAAGCAUCAGAGCAAGUACAAGGCCAGCAUAACGAAGCACAUCACACAUGUACAUCCGAAUUUGCCGUUCUCGUUUCCUAACGAUUAAUCAUUUGU